AUGGGUUCGCGGCCUCCAUUCAACCCGCUGCCCAUAUGUCCUAAUCCCAUACAAUGGGACAUACCAAAACGAAUCACCGACCUCGAGGCCGUCCGUGAUAAGCCUGAGACACCUAAUGAGCAAAAAAUAAAUAUCCAGGUGGCUAUCGACGUAUAUAAGGAGAAGAAAUGUGCUGUGCCACGGUUCUACAUACAAGAUGGCAAGAUUAUCGACCUCCAAAGCCUGAAUCCUAGACGUAUACAUUGGGCAGAUCCCGGCGAUGAGAAUACCCCUAUCCCUGAGUUCGAGGUGGAGGUCGGUGAUACCCUUGAUAACUAUCCUCUCCACCAACGGAGGCCGUGUCCGAUGCUGUAG